UUUCAAUGUAUAAAUAAGUUAAUAUAUUCUGCUAGAAAUAUUGUGAAUUUACUUGAGUUUUGACCGAUAUAGUGGAUUGAGGUUGGUUGAAUUUGAAAGAACUGUAAAAGUGGAUAUAUGUCCAAUUUUAGGGGAGGUUAUCUCAAACUCUUUUUAUGAUAAUAUAAAUGUUGAAGGAUUUGUGUUGUAUAUAUGUUGAUUAGUGUUAAUAAUAUAUUCUCUUUGCAGACAUGACGACAGGUAGUAGAGGUAGAGCGACUAGGUCUUGUGGUCGUGGUAGAAUGAGGGUUUCCACGGAUCCCCGGACUGCUCAGUCAUUGCUUUUUACUCCGAUUACCCCGUCGACUCCUUUGACAUCACAGGUGGGUCCAGUGGACCAACAGUUCAUCUUGGCCCCGAACCCCCGAACUACGUGGUUCUUUCUGUUACACCUCCUCUGCUCCCUACAGCUCCAGCGACAGAGCUCACAUUGGGUGAUUCCUCUAAUGCAUCCCAACCAGAUGCUCCUCCACCACCGUCUGCAUACGGAUGAGGAUUUGGCUUUAUGGCAUUCAGAAGUUUACACCAAACAAUAAUACAUGUACACAUGAUAUCUCUAAUGUGAUUAAGUUCAUGUACGAUAACCCAUGGCCGAACUACAUGAAGAUUCCUGUUGAGACCAAAAAG